AUGGAUGACUCCGAGAGUCCUAGCGCCGGGUACGAGGCUAGGCUGGAACGAACUGUUCAGGAGCUCAAUAGCAGGAAAGCUCAACUGGAGGAUGCGUUGCAUCAGUUGAGGGCAUCCGUUGCCGCCCUUGGGCCUGGGCUAUCGGCAAAAGAUUCCUUAGAAAUCAUGACGAAAGCCUAUAGGGACGUGGCCGAGGCAGAGCCGCUGUUACCACCGCCCGGGUCACCUCUCCCGGCACUUUUGGCUAUCCGGAGGGCCCAACAAGCUACCACUGAAAGUAACGAAUACAGCGACUUGCAAGUGGCCACUAAGGAACAGCUUGAGCGCAGAAUAGAAACAGAACAAGCCAGCCUCCGCGAUCAACAGGCCUUGCAGACAGCACUUGAAGCCCGAAUCCAGUCAUUACGCGACGGCCUGGAAAGCAGGGUCGAGAAGCCAGAAAGCCAGCUCGUCAAAGAACGCAUCGCAGAGUUGAAGAAGCAGAAUGACCACUGGGCUACGCAGACAUCCAGCCUCAUGAAGCAGUUGGAUUGGUUCAUCGGCGAGCAUCUCGGUCCGAUGUUGGCUGCGGAGGAACUUGGCGGGCCGGUGGUUGGAGGGUUGAUGGAUCUCGACCCGGACGACCUGAGUGCCGGGUUUAGCACUCAUGGGAAACUCAAAACAGCCAAAAGUGAACCGGACCAGGACAAACGCCAGCAAAGGAUUGACGAUAUUUGGGGCCCUCGGGAUGAGGACGGGCAACCCAUCAGGAGGGAGGAAACCCAACGGGAUGAGGCGGCCGCUGCGGGUGCGGAUAUGCGCGAGCUCACGGAGCAGCUUAUGAACAAGCUAAUAGAAGCAGACGGGGAGACCUCGGCGGCCUAUGUAGAAAUCCCCCGGGAGUCUGCUGCAGCCAGAUUUCUUGUCCGAUCUAAGGUGGCUAUAUUUCACCCAAGGGAUGCACGAAAGCUUCGGCUGGUUGACUUUGGGCGGGACCUCGAGGAUUAA